GUCACCAUAAGUCAGAAACAACUUGAAGGCGCACCACAACAACAAGAACAAAAUGAACCGGGAUUAAGGAACCACUUAAAGCUUGGUCAAAUUUUGUGACUAUCCUUAAAAGGAUAAAUGUAUCUAUCGAUAAGUGGAUGAGUAGACAUUUGGGGAAAUGAUUACCUAAACUGGCAGUUCUCCCAAAAAUUAUAUAAGAUCCCCUGGCACUUUUGAAUGUUGAUGUUUAGAGCAAGUCUUGCAAGAAACAGCCAUGGGUGAAUUUGAAGUAAUUUCUUACUGUAAGAUAGUAAAGAACUUUGCAUUUUGGCACUGAUGCUACUUUGCUUUUUCAAUUUUUUUAGCCAUGAGAGUCGUGGGAAGAAAGAGGGAGGUUCUCUCUCUGUGAAAGGGAACAUCUCGGAGGAGAGAUCAUUUCUGAAUGGAGAAUGUUGUUUCUCCUUCUUUAAGCAUCUGGUCUCCUUUGAGGAGGUGGCUGUGUAUUUUGCAAGGAAGGAGUGGCAUCUCCUGGAUCUAGUCCAGAGGAAUCUCUACAAGGAAGUCAGGCUGCAGGAUGACAUGAACAGGAUCUCUCUGGCUACUGGUCUACUUUGAACAGGUGGUCGUGUAUAUCAUUGAGGAGGAGUGGCAUCUCCUACAUUGAGGCCUUAGGGCUCUCUGCAAGGAAGUCAGGAUGGAGGGUGAUGAGAAUGUGGUCUCUCCAGCAGGUAAUGAACAGGAGAAGAAUUUAGUGGAGCCCUCAGUGUUGUCAUGGAAAAAUACCAAGACUGUUGAGAACAAAGAGGAAUUUGGAAAUCAAGGGGGAUUGGAAAGACAAAAAGGAAACCAGUCAGAGAAUGGGGAGAACUGCCCUAUUUCUGAAAGUGGGGGUAUUUGUGAACUUGGGACUCCCCAGGAAAAGCACAAAGGGAAAAGAAAGGUAAACUGUCCUGUUUGUGGGAAAAUAUUCCAAUAUAAAUCUCAGUUAAACUUACAUUACAGAAUGCACACAGGGGAGAAACCAUAUAAAUGUAUGGAAUGUGGAAAGUGCUUCAGUGAUUAUAGAACAUGUCCUAAACAUCAAAGAACUCACACAGGGGAGAAGCCAUAUAAAUGCAAGGAAUGUGGUAGGAGCUUCAGUCAAAGAGGAAAUCUACAGAGACAUCAAAGAAUGCACACAGGGGAGAAACCAUAUAAAUGCAUGGAAUGUGGAAAGAGCUUUAGUCAGAGUGGACAUCUACAUACACAUCAAAGAAUUCACACGGGGGAGAAACCACAUGAGUGCAUGCGAUGUGGAAAAUGCUUCAGUGAUUAUGGAGCAUAUAUUAAGCAUCAGCGAACUCACACAGGGGAGAAACCACAUGAGUGCAUGGAAUGUGGAAAGAGCUUCUCUUGUCACAGGAGUCUAUAUUCACAUAAAAGAACUCACACAGGGGAGAAGCCAUAUAAAUGCACAGAAUGUGGAAGGAGUUUCGGUCAGCGUUCACAUCUAUGUGCACAUAAGAGAACUCACUCAGGCGAGAAACCAUAUGAAUGUGUGGAAUGUGGAAAGAGUUUCUCUCAAAGUCACACUUUACGUUUACAUGAAAGAACUCACACAGGAGAGAAACCAUACAAAUGCACAGAAUGUGGAAAGUGCUUCAGUGAUUGUGGAUCGUGUACUAACCACCAAAGAACUCACACUGGGGAGAAGCCAUAUAAAUGCAUUGAAUGUGGGAAGAGCUUCAGUAAGAGUGGUAAUCUACGUAUACAUCAAAGAACUCACACAGGGGAGAAACCAUAUCAAUGUAGGGAAUGUGGAAAGAGCUUUAGUGAUAGUGGACAUCUACGUUCACAUGAAAGAACCCACAUGCGGGAGAAACCACAUAAAUGCAUCAAAUGUGGAAAGAGCUUCAGUCAGCAUGCAAAACUACGUUCACAUCAAAACAAGUCACACAAGGAAGAAACCAUAUAGGCAGCUCACACCAUUUACAGGUUUAACUUUUAUAGAUUUGAUUGUUCACACAAUUGCCAUCAGUAGAAUCAUAUAAUACAAUUAUAGAGAUUGAAGAGAGCACAAUCAAAGCCCUCCCAACAAAUGGCCAGCUAUUCCUGUACUACCUCUGUCUAUUCUGUGUUGCAUGUCCCUUGCUGCAUCAUCUGCUCCAUUUCCCCCAAACUGAGCACUGUUCUCAUUUCAGGAGAAGAAGGUGCGAGUAGGGUAUUAAAAGAGCUGGCAAAUGUAAUAUCAGAGCCAUUGGCAAUAAUCUUUGAGAACUGGAGAACAGAAGUCCCAGCAGACUGGAGGAGGGCAAACGUCCCCAUCCUCAAAAAGGGAAAAAAGAGGGCCCAAACAAUUACUGCCCAGCUAGCCUGCCAUCAAUACCAGGAAAUAUUCUAGAGCAGAUAACUAAACAUAGGCUUCUGUAAGCAUUUAGGAAGGAAUGCCAUAAUCACUAAAAGUCAACGUGGGUUUCUCAAAAACAAUUCUUGCCACACUAAUCGUAUCUCUUUUUUUGAUAAAAUCACCACUUGGUAGAUGAAGAGAAUGCUGUGGACGUAUCAUAUCUUGAUUUCAGUAAUGCCUUUGACAAGGUCCCCCAUGACGUUCUUGCAAACAAGCUAAUAAAAGCUGGGCUAAACAAUGGAACUGUUAGGUGGAUUUGUCUUUGGUUGACCAACCAAACUCAAAGGGUCCUCACCAAUAUGUGAGGUGAGACGAUAGCCCUGUUUAAAUAUUUGAAAGGAUGUCAUACAGAAGAUGGAGUUUGUUUUCUGCAGCUUCAGAGAACAGGAC